GCACAGAGGGCGCACCGGUGUCAGUUUGCUCCAGCCCUCCUCUGCAGCGAUCGCUUGUUGCUGUUGUCUCGGAGCAGGGAUUUUUCUUAUUAUUAUCUUUAGGGGGAGUGGAAAUUCCGCCGUUUCUGCCUCCUCACAACCAGACUGCGUGUUCCUGACAGUUCAGCUGCGAGCAGACACGCAGAGAGAGAAGCUGGACUCGAACCGCACGGAGUCCACAGCAGGAGAGCUCCGGGGUAUUUUUCGGCUGAACCCUGAUUUUUGUGGCGUUAUUUAUUUAUUUUUAUUCCUCCUUUUGGAAGUAUGUGAAUCAUUUCUGCCGGGUGUCAGAUCGGGAGCGCAGCGGUGCCACUUUUUGCCACUGGAUUUUGGUUUUUGCUUCUUGUUUCUUUUUUUUUUUUUUUUUGGCGUUUGGAUUAUUUUCUUCCAGGAGAUGCCAAGUUGUUGCCUGUGAAACGCAGGAUGCUGGGGACUCUACAACCACCAGAUCCCUUACUCUGAGAGAAUAUCCGUUAUUUCUGAUUCUCUCCUCUUCUUCUUUGGUCUUGUUUUUGGUUGGUUUAUCUUAUUAUCGAUGUGGUGCCAUAAUCUAAGGAUGCGCUGUGGAUUUCUAUUGUUCCUUUUCACCCAAAUCAUCUCGGUGUCUCCGUUCACUUACAUUGAUAGAUGCGGCGGAGAGAUCAUGAUCCACUCGGCGAACUACCUGACCUCCCCGGGUUACCCCGGCGCCUACCCGCCCUCCCAGCUCUGCGUGUGGGUCAUAACCGCACCGGAGCCCGGGCAGAAAAUCCUCAUCAACUUCAACCCACAUUUUGACCUGGAGGACCGAGACUGCAAGUAUGACUAUCUGGAAGUCUACAACGGCGGCGUAGACGAGGCUUCGUCCAUGGUGGGGAAGUUUUGCGGGAAAAUCGCGCCGUCGCCGAUCAUCUCCAGCGGCGACCGGCUCCUCAUCAAGUUCGUCUCUGACUAUGAAACCCACGGAGCGGGAUUCUCAGUUCGAUACGAGGUCUUCAAGACAGGUCCAGAAUGCUCCCGGAACUUCACGGCUCCCAGCGGCGUCAUCGAGACGCCGGGUUUUCCCGAGAAAUACCCCAACAACCUGGAGUGCACCUUCAUGAUAUUCGCCCCCAAGAUGGCGGAGAUCACGGUGGAGUUCUACAGCUUCAACAUGGAGCCCGACACCACGCCUCCGGCCGGCGCCGUCUGCCGCUACGACUGGCUGGAGGUUUGGGACGGCUUCCCCGCCGUGGGUCCUCACAUCGGCAGGUACUGCGGCCACAAGUCGCCGGGUCGGAUCAUCUCCCACACGGGCAUCCUGUCCAUGACCAUCACCACCGACAGCGCCAUCGCCAAAGAGGGCUUCACGGCCAACUACACCAUCCGAGAGAGGGAGCCGCCCGCUGGGCUCCAGGACGACGAUUUUGCCUGUAUGGAGCCACUGGGCAUGGAGUCUGGGGAAAUCCCCUCAGACCUGAUCAGGGCGUCCUCCCAGUAUAACUCCAACUGGUCCCCAGAACGCUCCCGGCUCAACUACCAGGAGAACGGCUGGACUCCGUCAGACGACACCAUCAGGGAAUGGAUUCAGGUCGACCUGGGCUUCCUCAGGUACGUCUCCAGCAUCGGGACCCAGGGAGCCAUUUCAAUAGAGACCAAGAAGCAUUACUACGUCCGCUCCUACAAAGUGGACCUGAGCACCAACGGAGAGGACUGGAUCACAGUGAAGGAGGGCUCGAAACAAAAGAUCUUUCUGGGGAACCACAAUCCAACAGAUGAAGUCCGUGCCUUCCUCCCCAAACCGACUCUGACCCGAUUCGUUCGUAUCCGCCCGCUUACCUGGGAGCAAGGCAUCAGCAUGCGCUUUGAGGUCUACGGCUGCAGAAUAUCAGACUACCCGUGCUCGUCGAUGUUAGGCAUGGUGUCAGGGCUGAUCUCUGACCCUCAAAUCAACGCUUCGUCCUUCGCCGACCGGGGCUGGGUGGCCGAGAACGUCCGGUUAUUGACGGGCAGGUCGGGAUGGACCGGGCAGCAGUCCAAGCAGCCCUUCAAGAACGAGUGGCUGCAGGUGGAUCUGGGCCAGGACAAGAUACUGAGCGGUGUGGUGAUCCAGGGAGGAAAACACCACGACCGCAACGUUUACAUGAAGAGGUUCAAGGUCGGCCACAGCCUGGACGGUGAAAACUGGACGGUCGUUAAGGAGGAGAACACCACCAGGCCGAAGAUCUUCAUUGGGAACCAGAACCAUGAAACCCCAGAGAUGAGGUCACUCAGCCCGCUUCUGACCCGGUUCAUCCGAAUUUACCCAGAGAGAGCGACAGCAGAGGGCAUCGGCCUCCGACUGGAGCUGCUGGGCUGCGAACAGGAAGAGAAAACCACGACAGGGCCUCCCAGCAGCACCGCGCCGUCCACCACGCUGCCCAUGACCACGUUUGGUGGCACCACCGCAGCGCCGACCACGCUUCCCACCAGCAUGUCGUGUCCGGAGUGCCUGGAACGGGAGCAGGACUCCGACGAGGAAACGGAGACCACUCUGGUCUACGAUGAACGUUUUGGAGUCGUCAUGACCCCCAACCCCAAGGUUGACAUUCCAGCUUACGUUUGGUUUGCCUGUAACUUCGACUUCUCGUCGUUGUGCGGUUGGACCAAGGACAGCGGCUCAGGAGCCGAGUGGUUCAUCCAGAGCAGCGAGGCUCCGGCUGUCCACAGAGGCCCGACGCUCGACCACACAGGCGCUUCAGGGAACUUUAUCUACAUGCAGCUGACAGACACAAUCACACCCAGUAAGCCUGGAGAGGAGCAGAGCGGGGAGGAGAAGGUGGCCCGGCUGGUCAGUUUAUCCAUCACCACGCCGGACGCAAGCCUCUGCAUGUCCUUCUGGUACCAGAUGGCUGGCGAGCGUGGAGGGUCGCUGCACAUCAGCUAUCGCCACGACGACGAUGACGAAGUCCAGGUCCUGUGGACAAAUAGCGGUCAUCAGGGCAGCAGAUGGAGGGAAGGCCGUGUCGUACUUCCUCAAACAAGACUCUCCUAUCAAGUGUUGGUGGAGGGAAUCGGAAACAGACGCACCACAGGCCACAUAGCGGUGGACGACAUCCAAAUCAUGGACGGGCUCAACAUUCAGGACUGCAAGGAUCCAGAAGCUCCAACAUCUCCGCCCACAAAGAUCUUAAUGCUACCCAUGGACUCCCUCUCUCAGGAAACGGGUGAACUCGGCAGGCCGGGCAACAUGCUGAAGACGAUAGACCCCAUCCUCAUCACCAUCAUCGCCAUGUCGGCUCUGGGCGUCUUCCUGGGCGCCAUCUGCGGCGUCGUGCUGUACUGCGCUUGCUCGCAGGGCAGCAUGACCGACAGGAACUUAUCCGCCCUGGAGAACUAUAACUUUGAGCUGGUGGACGGCGUCAAGCUAAAGAAGGACAAGAUAAACGGACAGACAAGCAACUACUCAGAGGCGUGAGCCCGAAGGCGCAGGGGCCGGAGCUUUGGCAGCUCCGCUAGCGGACAUGUUACAAGCAGCCAAUCACGGGGCUGACACCACUAAUGGGACAGCAGGGUGGGCUAACAGUGAGCCGAUUUCAUUUUUAUUUCUCAGGAGCGUUGGUGGAAGGGACUCACCUGUAGGGGGCACUGUGUAUAAAGAACAUGUACAGCAAAAAAGAAGAAAACUAAGGAUUCUCUUUGUUUUUUGGCGUGCUUUGUUGAUUUCACGUAAUCACAUGCUGGUGUUGAGACCAAUUCAGACGAAAGUAUCAUUAGUGAACUUUUGCAGAAAGAUUUAAUGUUUCUGUUUGUUGUUUUUCUCGUCUUUUCGUUCAAAUGUUUUGAAGAAUGAGCAAAGCUAGCUUAACGCGAGUGGAAGUGUGUGUGGACGUCUCACUCAUAUACAUCUGCAUCUGAGGUGUGUCUGACUAUACAAACCGUGUGUGUGUGUGUGUGUGUGAUCUUGACGCAGGACCACUGACCUGCUCCGACAGUGCCUUUUUUUUCCUGUUUUUCUGUUGCCUUGUUUUCUGCUGGUUGUUUUCCCAUCGGCUGGCAUUCUUUCCAGGGUUCCUAUACAAACUACAGGGAAAGGUUUCCAGACUGUGUCUGUAAAGCAGCAUCUUUUUAUUGCUGUAAUUUUACCAUAAAACAGCAUCUGGUUACCCUGGCAUUCACUCAGCUGUUGAGUUCCAGGUUUAUAUUCGCAGAACUGAAGAAAACUAUGAAAAUUCCCAAUAUGGUAAAUGUGUAGGAGCCCUGAAUGCCUCAUAUUCAUGGCACAUGACACAUCCAACGUAUUGUACAUAGGUUUUAAUAUAUAUUUGAGCGCCCUUUUCUAUAGAGGAAGACGCCAGUGCUGCAGUAUCCUUUCUGUUUCAAAUCACACCAGUCGCUGAAGGAUGUUUACCAUCCCUGGUGAUUCAGAGGAGAAAACGCACCAAUGAAAGGGAAUUUAUGUCUUAACAGGGUAAAAACACACAACCUCAGCAGCUACAGUGACAGAAAGUCAAAGGGGUUUCAUUGAUUACACUUGGAUCUGGCUGGACACGUUGUUAAACUGCCUCCAAGUAUUCAUCUUGUGAGAAUGUAAUGUUGAGGUACCAGAAUACAAACUACAUGGACUUGUAUGUAACAACAUGGCCGCCGCAAUGCAAGCUAGCUGCAGAACCUCUGGUUAUAGGCUUGAAGACCUAAUAGGAGGCAAUGAAACAACACAUUAGAGUUAACAUUCUUUUCAGAAAGGUAAAUAACUUUGAUUUAUAGUUUUAAUUUGCAGUACAGAUGCUGAAUUUUAACUAGUUUCCAUUGUUUUCUGGGAAAUUGUUGUUGUUUUAGACUUUCCUGCUGCCCAUUUUUACCUUCACAAAGUUGAUUGGGUUGUCCAGUCCAUUUGUGUUUCAUGGAUCAAAAGAGCGCUUAAAUAUGUCCCUUUGAUGAAUCUUGUUGGAAUACAGAAUGCCAGGUUUGCUUUUUAUGGGCGGCCCAGUCCUUUAAAUCCAAAACAAGAGCUUUUGUCUGCAUUGUUGGCAUUACAACUGCCUCUGGCCACAGAUCCUGUUGUCUGUGCAGUUUUCUGUUUUAUGGUUCGCCGUAUUCAAGAGAGCGUUUCCACCACCAGUUGGACUCUCACUGGAUUAAAGCCAAAUGUCUGACAUGGUGACAUGGUGAUGUCUCGUGCUUGAAUUUUAACCAGUUCCCAUUGAUUUCUUGGAAAUAGUUUUUUUUGUUCCAACAGUAGAGCGACUUCAAAUUGAUUGUCAAACAUUGUCUCUGGGUUAGCGUUUCCUCCUGGCCAUCUUUUCUCCUUUCCAAAGUAGAUUGGGUUGUUGAGUACAUUUGAUCCCUGACCCUCACCGUACCGUUCCAUUGUCCUAUGGACCUACAACUGAAGGGAACCCAGGAAUGGGUACAGGUCGGCUGUAUGGGCCACUUUUACAAUGGAAGCAGACAUAAAAUAUCAAACCAAACCACACCGACUCGCCCCAUAUCUCUCAGUAGAAACGAGGAAAAGGUCUAUUAAGAAGAGUAGGUUACCUGGUUUGGGAACAUCUGGGACUCAAGAGACCGUUUCCACUGCCAGUUGGACUCUUACUGGACAGGCGGGGUUAACAUCUAACGUAUCGUCCUACUAGUAGGACAACAAACGUCUCGUGCCUGUCAGAAGCAGUGAUGCUUUUCUGUCCCCCAAUCAGUGAACUGUGUUGCCUGAUGCCGGUAUCGCCAACCUAACUGUAACGUACCAUUGUCCUACGGACCUACAACUGCAGGCGGCCCAGGAAUAGUCCAGUAUGAGUCGGUUCUAUUUUUACAAUGUAAACAGACAAAAUGGUGUACCAAUCUACACCGAUGUGUGCCAUUCUGCUCAGUGGAAACAAGGCAGAGGCGCAUUAUGGAGAGAAGGUUAUCUGCUGUGGGGACCUCUGGGUCUCAUCUUUGCGUUUUUGCAGAUGAUAUGAUGCUAUUAGCAUCAUUAAGCCAUUAGUCUUUACAUUAAGAAGAGUCUACUAUUCAGAGCCUGAGGCUUUGCUUCUCAUUGUUUUUCUGCAUUGGGCACCAUUUGCUGCCUUAAGCAGAGCAGUUCAAGUAUCUUGAUGGUUACAUUGUCUAAGGAGGCUAAUGCCUACAAAUAAGCAGCUGGAUAGAAACUUCUAUAAUGCAAAUAAAGUGUUUCCAUUGCAGUUUUGUGAAAUACACCAAUUCAGAUACUGCUGAAAACCCAAUUUCUUUUUUCAAAAUUAGCGUGUUCCCAUUAAGCAAAUUUAUUUUAGUAAUUCCAUGAUCAAUGGAAACUCAGCUACUAGAGGCACCAAAAAUCCCUUCAAGCCUGGAUUCAUUGGGAUUCAGAAUCACCUGAAGGACGAAUUUCUGUGUUUUUGUUUCUUCAGUGACAUAAUUUCAGAUGAUUUUGGAAAAGUUCUUCUUCAUUACAGGGAUAAUUUUUCUUAAUUUUUGAUAUGACAGAUGAUCAUUUUUGAAGAUUUAGGGAAGAUAUACUCCUUGUGAGAAAAGUUGAUCAUUUCCUUCUCCAAAGAACAGAUAUGAACAUUUCCAUUUAGUUGCAAAAGAAAAUCCUGAAUGUGUUUUAGUUUUAUCUCAGCUGAGCAAAUAAUUUCAUUUUGUUUAAGCCUUUUUUUUUUUUACUUUAGUGCAUUCAUAUCUUUCUAAACCAACAUAGGGAAUGUUGCUUUACAAUUGAAAGAAAACUCUGGGAGAAAAACUGUUUCAACAGCUUGUUUGUGUUCAUGAGCAGAUAUAAAUGAUAAAUACACAUCAUCAUUUGAAACGUUUGGGAGAAACAGAUGCGUAAAGUCUUUUCUCCUUUUCUAUAGGAAUGUCUGAUCUUUCAGCCGGACUCUUCUAAAGAAAAAGGAUGCUGCAGCACUCGUCCAGAAAACAAAUGUUGCACUGAUAUAUUUAAAAAAGAAAAAAUCUAUGUGUUUAUGAUGUUGAUUUAUGAAAAGAGAGGAGGAAAGACGGAGAGGACAGUGUUAUUGUUGCUUCUUUUUAACAUGGUUUUAGACAGCCAUGGUAUAAUUCUGAAUUGUACAAUUUACAGAGAUGUUUUUCAUUCUCGAAAAAGCUUAUAUACGAGUAACAAUUUUAUUUACUUGGUAUAAUAUCACCUUGUGUUUUUUGUACCGUCACUGAUGUACGUGCCAUUGUUUUCUUCUGUUUUUCUUUGGAUGACAAGAGAAAGCGUUUUAUUUUCUGUACCGUUUCUGUAGUUUUCUUGUCUAAAAAAAACAAAGAAAAACAAGGAAGUAAAAAGAAUCAGAAAGCUGUGAGGCCUUAUGUGACUUAAAGUAUUGUUUGUACUUUGACUUUCUGCUCCGCACCCGACUCAUCCAUCUCUGUUGUUUCGGACUCUCAUCACUGACUAUUACAUUCCAAAGAAUUGGGUCAAAUAAAUGUUUUAAAUAAAA